UAAGCUUCCUGGGCAAAAUUGAUCAGCAGGAGCAGUAGAUUUCAACAUGUCUGCCGUUGGCUGUCAGUAAAGGAGGUGUUUGUUUUGAGCGGAUUCGUGAGCUCGGUGAAGAACAGACGAGGCGCGCUCAUGGCUCAGUGCGUGCAGUCAGUGCAGGAGUUCAUCCAGGACUCGUUCGUGCCGAUGGUGGCCGUCCUGUGCAGCGAGGAUGCGGAGAGAGUGACCCGCAAAAACAGCCUGAGCUUCCCCGAGCUGCUGCGGCCUUUCUGCCGCCUGACGUCCGAGGGUCACCUGCGGGACCCCAAUAACCAGGUGGUUGUGGUGAAGGGCCUCCGGAUCAGCGUGACUGGGAUCAACACACGGCCUCCACAGACCCCAGAGAUGCACAGACUCCUCAGCCAGACGGUCUCUGUCUGCCAGCCUCCUGAAGGGUCGCCCGCCAACGUCAUCACGGCCGGAGACUACGACCUCAACAUCAGCGACCGCACGGUCAAAGCGAGCCUUCCCUGGUACUCUGACUGGAAAGAAACCCUCACCCAGCUGAGCUCGUCCAAGUACUACACAGCAACAACACCGUGGUUUGAGACUUAUCGGGAGAACUUCCUGCAGUCCAUGCCAGCAUCAGAGCACGAGUUUCUCAACCACUACCUGGCCUGUAUGUUGGUGGUGUCGUCCCGUGAGGCGGUGCCGACAGAACAGUUCCUCAAGCUGUCACAGGAACAGCACAGGAUCCAGCACAGUGGGGAAUACACUCAUCCCAAAUGGUUCAUCCCCAACACGCUCAAAUAUUAUGUCUUGCUCCAUGAUAUCAGUGAAGGAGAUGAGGAGAGGGCGGACUCUGUGUACGAGGAUAUGAAACAGCGGUAUGGUACUCAGGGCUGCUAUCUGCUCAAGAUAAACUCCAGGAGUGGUAGCACUGGUGCGGACGAACAGAUGCCGGACCCCUGGAGUCAGUACUUGCACAAGAGCAGCAUACACAACCCU